AUGAAUACUCCAUCGCUUCCACAACGCCUAGCUAACCGUGUUUUCCAUCCUAUGAUAUGGGUGGGGCUAAGUUUUUUCUUAUUGUCUAUUUGGGCCACCUAUUCCAUUGUGCUGGACAUUACAGCAGUUGUAAUUAAGGAUUUAACUGCCACUUCUGCUGUUGAGCAGAAUUCAAGCAGUGUUACAACUACUUCAUUUCCCACACAACAUAAUUUUACAGAAACUAUAACAACAACAAUAAAGAGCACGCCAACAAACAUAGUUCCAACUAUUAAUAGAACGCAACUCACUCAAGUAAUUAAAAAUUAUAUGUCAGAAAAAAUAAUCCAGAGUGAGACAAAUAUCACCAGUAUUAUUGACAACAAUGUCCCAAAAUUCCUCUUUGAAGAUUUUAAUAAUUGGCAUGACAAUAUUCUUCGGGAAUUAAGUUCCCAAAAUAAUUCAAUUUCAAACUUACAAAAUGGGAUUUUAGAAGAGAUAAAUUCCCAAGCUGCAAAUCUAAAUAGUUCUUUGGAACAAUUGAGUGAGUCCGGGUUUAUUCUUAAUAACGAAAAUUUCUCUUUAGAGAAUUUAACAAUUGAUACUACGAAAUUCAGUAAUCUUUUCAAGAAUGCAAAGAUUCAAAUAGAAGAUACUUCUAACUUUUGGUUGAAGCAAAAUAUUUCCCUGAAUCUUACAGAAAAUGGAACAUCUUUUCUUAACCUAAAUGUGUCAAGUUUCACAGAACUAGGAAUUCUGGACUCUUUAAAAAGGAACUUGACAAAUUUAUUUUCAGCUGGUAAGGAGGGCAGUAACAACGUUUCAAAAAAAAUUCUUUUUAGGAGAGACAUAGGAAACACAUUGGACUCUGGUUACAAUUCAAAAACAUUGUUGAAAAGAUGUAAAAUUUUAUCUGGUGUAUUUACGUUUGUCUUUUCCAUUGCCAUAAUCUGCUGUUUAAUGUAUGAAUGGGUCAAAUUUAGAUUUGAACAAAAGGUUUUCAAUACCGAAUUUGCCCAAUUAUUAGAAUGUACAGAGGGAAAGGAAGAGGAAAUAAACAUUCAAAUAACUCUAAGAGAGAAGAUGAAGUUUGUGAUAAAUGCUCUCGAUAACAUAUUUGUGUACUAUCUGAGCAAGUGGCGAGAUGUCACUCCUUUAAAUAGCAGACCCAGAAAACAACAUUUCCUUACAAAAAUGGGAUGGUGGUUUUUCACCAACGGAAGAUAUUUAUGGAUUUUUUUCAUCAUGAUAAUAAUUUACUUUCAAGUUGUCCUUUCUUUAACGAAAACAACCUUAAACACUAUUGAAAGUAGUACAUCCUUUGAACUAUUAGAAAAACGAUCCUUGUCAACAAUAACUACCCAAACAGAGGUUUUAACCAAAAAAAUGACGAGUUUUUCUCAGAUAUGUAAAAAUUUUGAGUCAUCUUUCAACGACAUUCUAAAGACAGCCAUUGAUGAUCAAUUGUGGUCAGCUAAAAAAGGAAAAUUAACAUCUGUUAUUGAAAAUAUUAAUACCCAAGUUUCACAAAUGAUUUUUGAAUACGAGAAUAUGACUUCUUUAGAGCUUCCCUCCUGGGAGCCAAUCACUCAAGAAGUGGCGUCAAAAUGGGUCCCCCUUGAUUUGAACUCCACCUCUGACACAGGAUUAUUAGAUUUAAUAUUAAGUAACAAUGCUAUUAUAAUGUCAGCCGAACCUGAGCCUGUUCUUCAAAAAAGAUCAGUAGAGAAAUACAAAGUAAAAAUGUCACUCGCAGUAAAGCUGAGAAAACUGAGAAAAUACACCAUAAUUGGUAUGUGCAUUGUCCUUUUUGUUCAUUUUGGAGUGGGGAUUAUAAUGGCAUGCAGCGUAGGAAACUAG